AUGAGUUGUUUGAGAGGAUUAGAUGCAAUUCGAAAAUUUAGUAAGGACAGUGGAACCAAAAAUCCAGAAAAUUUAACGUCUACAAGAUUACGGAAACAAGUAGCUACUGUAGCACAACUGUUAAAUCUAUCAGAAAGUGACACUGAACAAUUAGCCACAUUUAUGGGACACUCUAAAGAAGUCCACAAACAAUUUUAUCGCCUUUCAGAAAGUACUUUUCAGGUUGCCAAAGUCAGUAAAUUAUUAUUAAUGAUGGAAAAGGGGCAAGGACAGGAGUACAGAGGUAAAAGUUUAGAUGAGGUAGAUAUCAAUAUGGACAGCUUAGUAACAGAUAUAGAAGAAAGCUCAGAUGAAGAAAUAGAUCAUUCUGAAAAAAAAAUAACAGUAAUAGCUUCAACAAAAAACAAUAAACCUGAAGAAAAGAAAAAUGAAGAAAAGAAACAUGUAAGAGUAUGCUGGUCAGAGGAAGAGAAAAAAGUAACGAGAGAAUAUUUUCAGAAACACAUAUUAUUAAAUAAAGCACCUAAAAAAGAUGAAUGUAAUGCACUAAAAAUAAAAUAUCCACAACUGUUCGAAAAUAAGCCAUGGAAAAAAAUAAAAACUUUUGUUCACAAUAUAAUAUACAACAAGCCUAAAAAGUAA